AUGGGGCUCUGGCUCAGGGCGGCCCGGCUGCUGCUCCGACCCCGCCCCAUGCCGGGCCCCGGCCCCAAGCGGCCCCGCAGCGCCAUGGCCCCGCGCAUCGGUACCCACAACGGCACCUUCCACUGCGACGAGGCGCUGGCCUGCUACCUGCUGCGGCUGCUGCCCCAGUACCGGGAUGCAGAGAUCAUCCGGACGCGGGAGCCCCAGCUGCUGUCCGAGUGCGACGUGGUGGUGGAUGUGGGUGGCGAGUACGACCCUCAGAAACACCGGUACGAUCAUCACCAGAGGUCCUUUGCACAGUCCAUGCACUGCCUGAGGCCCGACAAGCCCUGGAAAACCAAGCUGAGCAGUGCGGGGCUGGUGUAUUUCCAUUUUGGCUCCCAGAUCCUGGCCAGCCUACUGGGGCUGAAGGAGGAGGAUCCGGUAGUGCAGGUGCUGUACGAUAAGCUAUACGAGAACUUUGUGGAGGAGAUCGACGCCAUCGACAACGGCAUCGCCCAGUGGGACGGGGAGCCUCGCUACGCCAUGACCACCAACCUCAGCGCCAGGGUGGGCUACCUCAACCCCCGCUGGAAUGACAUGGACCAGGACACGGAGGCUGGGUUCAGGAAGGCGAUGGAGCUGGUGGGCGGGGAGUUCCGAGACCGUCUCGAUUACUACCACCGCACCUGGCUGCCGGCUCACACGCUGGUGGAGGAAGCCAUUCAGAAGCGCUUCAAAGUGGACCCCAGUGGCGAGAUCCUUGUGUUCUCCCAGGGCGGCUGCCCCUGGAAGGAGCAUCUCUUCAGCCUGGAGUUGGAGCUGGGGGUGGAGAAACCCAUCAAGUUCGUCCUGUACACAGAUCAGAAUGGCCAGUGGCGAGUACAGUGCGUCCCCGCCGGGCUCCACACCUUCCAGAACCGGCUGUCCCUGCCAGAGGAGUGGCGCGGAGUCCGGGAUGAGGCGCUCUCCCAGAUCAGCGGCAUCCCAGGCUGCGUUUUCGUGCACGCCAGCGGCUUCAUCGGAGGCAACCGGACCCAGGAAGGGGCGCUGCGAAUGGCUCAGAGCACACUGGCUCGGCAGACCGGCUCCGACACACCGAGCAGCUGAAUGCCCCCAGACUGUCCCAACAGAGCCAGUGUCACUAAGCCUGUCCAAGUCGUGCCGUGAGCAGAGCCAGCGGAGAGCUCCCGAACUGGGCCCUGGCCAGCGGAAACACUGGGAGGAUUGAGGCCGGGUGGAAUCACAGCGAGGAUUGGAAAAUGCUGAGAGUGGAAUAAUAAAGGAUUGUGGAUGGACCUGUCA